AUGUGGUCUGCGGCGGGUGCGUGUCCGCACAGCCGGCACCGCGUGCGGCGCAGGGCCAUUGCGGCUGUGCGUGUGGCGGUGCUGCUUUUGGUGUUGGCGCUGGUGUCGUUGGCGGCGUGGAUGCCCGCGGUGCAUGCGGUGGCGUUGCGACUGCGGGGCGGCACGGUGGAGAGAGCCAUCACGGUGGGCCGCGCUGUGGACACGGUGCUGAUGGACGGCGUGUGCAUCACGAACGGCGUGGCUGUGGUGCUCGACGUUGCGGCGAUGCUUCCCGGCGCGCUGCGCAUCGAAUUGAGGGACUGCGUGUGCGACGGCGGUGCGCAGAUAUACGUGCGGGGCUACAGCGGCGAGCCGGCGACUGACCGGAGCCUGGAGGUGAGCGUGAGCGGGCUGUCCGGGAGCUACUGCUCGCUCGUGUUUGUGCACAACCUGCCGGCACACACGAACGUGACGGUCCGUGACUCGACGAUUGUGACGCCGGGGCCGAUGCGCUACUCCCAGCUGAGCGGGCUGACGGACGCGGUGGCGUCGCCGCUUGUGCUGCACGCGACGUCGCUGUUGCAGACGCAGCUGCGUGUGAGAAGCACCGUGCUGAGGUCGUCGCAGGCGGGCGGGACGGCGGUGUACGUUGGCGGCGGUGUGGACCUGCUGUCGAGCGCUGUGGUGCUUGACGGCGUGUCGCUGGAGGCGUCGGGCGGUCCGACCGCGUCCGCGAUGCAUGUGGCGUCCUCGUCGCGUCUCAGUCUGCGUAACCACUCGGUGUUCUCCGUGACGAACGUGUCGGUUGUGAGCAACGGCGGCGGCAUUGUGCUUGGCGAGCGCCUCGCGGUGUUUGAGUCUGUGCUGCGCUUCGUGGGCGUUGAGGGGUCUGCUGCAUCGCCGUUGGUACGCUGCGGCGGUGGGACGGUCGGUGCCGGCGGGUGGCUGGACCUGCACGAAGUGUGGGCAGUGGGCGAGGCGUCGUCUGUUGCGUCGCUGUCAGGGGUGACGCUGGGCGGCGGCGCCGUGUCGAUUGCUCGCUGCGCUGCCACCGGCGCGACGCUUGCCGCCGGGCCGACGAUCACGAGCGGCGCUGUGUCCGUGCAGUGCAACCGUGCCGGCGGCCGCGUGCUGCAGAGCAGCGGCGACUACCGCCUGGCCGGACUGCCCUCCGUGAGCGUGGUGCCGUGCGACGGCUGUGCGGCUGCGCUGGCGUGCUUCGAUGCACUGACGGCGUCGUUCUCCGAGUGCGUGUGCAACUGUCGUGCCGGCGGUGUGGGCGAGGCGUGCCUGCCGUUCGACGUGCCGGCUGCGAGGGCCGGCGGCGGCGGUGGCGGUGCGCCGGGCUGCGUGACUGGCGUGACGCUGACGGAGUCGGUGACGGUUGGCGGCGGUCAGGCGACGGCGUGCUUCGACUCGGUGGUGUUCAGCGGACCGAUCACUGUGGCGGUGGACCUGCGCUCGAUGGACGUGUUCGCUGACGCGCUGAACGUGACGCUGCGCCACUGCAUGCUUGUGGGCGGCGCGCAGCUGCGGAUUGGCGGCCUCAGCGAGAGCACAGCGCACCUGGUGCCGCACGCCCUUGUCAACAUGACGAAUGUGACGUCGCUGGAGAGCACGAUCGUGCUGCAUGGCGCGAUGCCGCUGAACUCGAGUGUGCUGCUGGCGAACUCGACGCUGCGCGCGACGGUUGGCGGGUCGCAUUACGUGCCGACGACUCCUGGCCACGAGAAAUCCCGGUACGGCCCCGCGCUUGUUCUGGACGGCGUCCGUCUUCUGUCGACGUGUUUUGUCAUGACGCGGUCGAAGCUGGUGUGUGGCGGGGGUUCGUGCGCUGCGAUACUUGUGGAGCGCGGCCUCGGUGUGAACCUGUCCAGCGUCUUCUACAUGGACAACUGCGCUGUCAAUUCGCAGAUGCACGUGAUGUACGCUCUUGCGUCGGGCCUGCGUGUCAGCAGCGGCUCCGUGUUCUCCAUACAGAACAGCUCGUGGAGUGCGCCGAGCACCGAGUACUACAAAGGCGCGUGUGUGUUUGGGGACGUUGUGGUGUCUGGCGGCAGCGUGCUGCAGGUUGUGUCCAGUGUGUUCCAACUCGGCUUUGCCAUGGUCAUGGCAACCACGCUGACUGUGACUGACGGCAGCUGGCUGGUGCACCGCGACAACGAGUUCCGCACCGCCUACGUUGUGUACGUGGAAAGCGAGAACGGCGUGGCAUUCCGUGAUCAGAGUGUGUGGUCGAUACUUCACAACGACUUUGGUUACGGCUCCUAUUCGUCGAUGACUGCAUACAUGACAAGUUUUUGGUCACCACCGUCCGACUCGCGCCCGAUCAUCUACGGCACGUGCAACGAGGCAAGGGGCUCUCCUGUGACUGAUUACAGAAACGAGCUUAAUAUUAGGACACCCGUGACGGCAUUGGACUGUGGCACUUGCACCGUGGACGCCGUGUGCUUCGCAGCGAAGACGAGCAGCAUCAGCGGCUGUGGGUGUGUGUGCGCUUCCGGCGGCUACGGCGGCACGUGUCUGCCAGCUGCGGUUCCGGACGGCCUUGGACCGCUCCCGCUCUCAGAUGCGAACGAUACGGAGGUCCGCUGCGUGCACGGUGACAGCAUCAGCUCCGUGGACUAUCCUGAUCCCGGUGCGCGUGGUCUGUGCUUUGUCAACGUGACCUUCACCGCCGCGAUUGUGCUGGACCUGUGGAGCUUCGACGCGCCAGGAAAGACACUCAACAUCACGCUGCUGCAGUGCGUCCUCAUGGGCCUGUCGAUCAAGGGGAGUGGUGCGAGCGUGCACUUGAGCGUGACAUCCUCGAUGCUGGAUUCCGGUGAGUUGGAGUUUGAGGAUGAUUUUGGCGCGAGUUCCCAGAUGCUGGUGGCGGGCAGUAAGCUCUUGUCAGCGUCGAGACAUGCCAUUCAAUUUCCAAGGUUUACUUUGGGUACGAACUCGACGCUGCUGCUGCUCGACAACAACAUGGAGGGGGAGAGUUUCGCAGUCUCCUUCCCCGUUCCUGUUGUUGUUGAUGGGGGCGGGAUCAUUAUUAAGGGAAAUACGCUGAAGUCAACAAAGAGGGAUUACAGCUCGGAGUCUGCCAUUUAUUAUAAAGAUGUUGAAUUAAAGAACGGCGGCUACAUUGACGUCGAGAACAACACGAUGAGCGCAGCCAGCGGCAUUUAUUUUCAGUUGUUGGUUUCUGUGAGCUCCGCGGGGCUGCUGAGAGUGGCGGACUGCACCUUCACUGGCAGCACGGAGGCUUUGGAUUCUGCUCUGGUGCAGUUGAGCGUCAAGGUUGCUCUUCAGGGUGGUGCGCAGUGGCGUGUGGAGGGCAACAACGUGAGCGCAGCCUCAGUAUUCAUUAUGCCGUAUUCCUGGUAUACUAUUGGACUGUCGGGCAGCGGCACCACCGUGUCGCUUGCUCACAACCGUCAGGCGGACUCGAGUAAAGCCUUUGCGAGCAUUCCAUCGGAUUCGUUUGUGACGUCACCCGCGCGGUUUGUGGUUGGGUGCAACAUGCAGGGCGAGAAGGAGGUGUUGUACGACGGCGUGUUUCCGGAGGACGUGGUGGUGUUUGGGUGCAGCAAAUGCAACGACGACGCGGCGUGCUACAUGCCCGGUACGGAGUCGGUGGACCGCAGCUCGUGCUCGUGCAGCUGCAAGGGCGGAUGGCAUGGCGCGUCGUGUCUUCCCUUUGCGGUGCCCGACACGGUUGUGCCGCCCUUACCGGAGAGAGCCGUGGACGGCGACACGAGCUGCGUGGUGAACCAGACGCUGACGAGCCUCGCGCUGAACAUGUGGAAGACGCACCACUGCUACGUGGGUGUGACAUUCAGCGGCGUGGGUGCAUUGCUGACGCUCUCCCUCAACAGUAUGCCGCUGCAUCUCCCCAUCAACAUCACGCUCACUGGGUGCACAUUCCGUGACGGAGCCGCGCUGCAGUUUGUUGGGGGCACUGAGGCGGCCGAGUCAGCCGGCGUCCUGAUCCGCGUGAGCCAGACGGUGAUGCGGUCCUCCGUUGUUCUAUUUAGGCGUGCCCUCCCGCAGCACUGCGACAUCGCCGUCACUGAAGUCGACGCGGAGCAGUUGCCGAAUUCUGUGAACCGCAUUUUGAUCGUCGUGAAGCUGGACGACGUUGUGUUGAGUGCGUCCUCGCUGUUGGUCAGCAACGUCAAGGCGCGUGCAUUGGGUUACGGUGGAUAUGGUUUGUACUCGAUGGGGACGCUGACGCUGGUGGGCGGCAGCUCGCUGUACACGCGGUACUGCAGCUUCCAUAAAUACAAAUACAUGUUGUACAUGUAUAGGCUUAUUGCCAGUGAUCGCUCCGUUUUUGCGCUGCUCAACAAUACGAUGGCCACCGGGACAAGAUUCCUUUAUCAGUACCAAGACCUCACCGUGUCGAAUCACAGCGUGGUGCGCGUGGUGGGGAACAGCGGUUCCGUUUCCUACACCAUCUAUGCAUAUAGUUCUUGGAGCGUCCGGAAUUCAAGCUGGCUGGAUUGGCGCGACAACGACGUGGGAGCGGGUGCGAUGUUCUACUACUCUUCCUUUGGCGGUUCUGUGAACAUCGAUGGCAGCAGUGUGGUGACGCUGACGGGCUGCAAGAUGGGAUCGACGGGGCUGUCUAAGUCUCUGCUGUCGCGGAUUGACGCCGGCUACGGGUUCGUUGCUGGGUGUCUGACGGUUGCGGGACGGGUGCUGACGACGGCGGCUGAACUGGAGCUGAAUGGCAUCACCAACGUGACGACGGUUGUCGCGUGCGGGGAGUGCACGAAGGAGGGCGAUUGCUUUGCUCCGCUGACGACGGCGGUCAGCGACUGCAAGUGCCAGUGCGCUGCUGGAGGGCACGGCGAUGUGUGCGUCCCGGCGCCUGUGCCUGCUGGCCCGCCACCGCCGCCACCGCCGCCCGCACCACCGUCACCGCCGCCGAAUGGUAAGUGCAUCAGCGACAUGGUGUACCCCGAGGUGGCGCAAUCUGUGGGCAGCGGGCUGUCGUGGCUGUGCUACCGCAACGUGACGUUCAGCGGGGGCGGCAUGAGCCUGACGGUGCUGAUUGGGGGGAUGACGGGCGACGUGGCGAACAUCACGUUUGAUGGAUGCACGUGGAGGGACGGCGCUGUGCUGUUGCUGUUGGGCAACGCGCACGCCGCUGUGGGGUCGCUGAACAUUGUUGUCACCGGCAACACGUUCGAUGACGCACUGCUCAGCCCGGAAGGUGAUUUUCCACCGCACACGAACAUCACGAUCAGCGGGAACCGCUUCAAGGUCACGAGGCUGAUCUCUCGGUCGGGAUUGGACAUUAAAAGGCCGUCGUGUGUUGCGAUGAAUGGGCUGGUGGUCAGCAAUGACUCCGCGGUGCUGCUCAGUGGCAAUGUGUUUCAGAGCGUGACGGCAUCGUCAAGCGCCAUUUACGUUGUUGGAUCUCCGCUGAGGGUGUCGUGGCACUCCCUGUUUGCAGUGGUGGGCAACAUGUUUCAUAUGGACGGCGGUGGCGCUACGCUGAUAUAUCUUGGAGGGUCUGGACAAUCCUCGUCGCUGGAUGUACUGAACAAUUCCGCUGUGGUAAUCCGAGACAACAUUGCGUCGAGGCCGGUAAAGUAUUUCAUGUUAUUUUAUUGGGCAUUACGUGUGGAGUCCUGGUCAGCGGUUGUUUUUCAGGGCAAUGACAUGCAGGGAAGUUUGAAUGUGUUCUUCACCAACUACUACACCUAUGUCUACUACAACUCCUGGCUGCAGUUGAGCGGCAACCUCUGCCGUGAAUCCCCAUCGGAUGCCUUUGCCUACGCAUACCCCGGGGUGAAUCUACGGAACUCCACGGUGUCUGUGUCCGGCAACAAAUUCAUUUCCAGCACGGGCACGCCGAAGGUGCUUUGGAUACACUCAGGGUCCAGCGAUCUCACAAACGCAACGGUUGUGGCCGCGUGCAACACUGUGAACGACAAGGAGGGGGUGGAAUACAGUAUUCCGUCCGUGUACAAUGCGACCAUACUGAACUGCAGCGACCCAUGCACCCUUGCGGCGUCGUGCUUCCCUGCGUAUACGGCGACGGCGUCGAGUGGUGGCUGCGCCUGCACGUGCGCGGAGGGCGGCCACGGCGAUGCGUGCCUGCCCGUCGCUGUUCCCGAGCCCUCAAGCACCGACGGCGCCGACUCGUGCGUGCAGGACGUGCGUGUGGAUGGGGAGGUGAGCGCCGGUUUCGGGACGUCGGUGGCGUGCUACGUUGGUGUGACCUUUGCGGCGGACGUCGUGGUGGACGUGGGCUUGAUGUCGGGGAGCGUGCGCAACGUGACGCUGGCGAACUGCACGCUUGUGGGCGGAGCGAGCCUGUACGUUGUCGGGUGGCUGUCCGACCCGCCUGCUGGCCAGCGUGCCGAUGUGUUGAUCAGCGGACUUGAGUCGCGCUCCGGCGGCGGUGUGCUGGUGGCGAACCGAUUUCCGCCGGGCUCGCGCGUCACUGUGGUGGACUCGGUGCUGAUUGCAGAGAAGCGCGUUGCGUACCGCGGCGCCUACGACCUUGGCGACGCCUCCGCGUGCCUUGUGGUGCACAAGGUGAAUCUGACGGGGAGCGUGCUGACCAUUGCGCGCACGCAGGUGGCGGCGGUGUUCGGCGACGCUGUUGGCGUGUUGGUGGUUGGCGGCGUGGCGCUGUCGUCGCGCAGUGCGCUGUACGUGGACGGGCUGUCGGUGCAGACGGCGCUGGGGCUGUGCGUGUCGGUGGAGGGCGGUGUUGCGGCCAGCGGCGGUUCUGUGGUGGCGUUUGUUGACAGCGACUUCCUGCUGUGCAAGCACGCGGUGUCUGUGCGUGGGACUGUGAGCGUGUCGGGCUCCGCUGUGGCGCUUGUGCGGAGCGACUUUGCGUCGACGGAGGACUACGCGGUUGCGUUUGAUUCGACGGUGAGCCUGGUCGGCGGGUCGAUGCUGCUGGCGAAGGGCAACGUGCACGACGGCGUCUCGAGGGAGAUGCUCUACGCCGCUGGCGCCGUGACCGCUGCUGGGAGCACGCUGAGCUUUGUGCGCAACCGAGCGCUGCUGCCGCGGAUGCUGUCGGUGAGCCUGUCUCUCGCGGCUGGGGCGCAAUUGAGGGUGGCAUGCAACGACGCUGGUGGACGCGUCCUGUCGACGGCGGAGGAGUACGCAGCGGCUGGUUUUGGCGACGCUGGGAGCAUCGACGUUGCUGGGUGCGACGCCUGCGACAGGGACACGCACUGCUACGCGCCCGGGACGGCGACGGCGAGCAUGAAGGACGGUGUGUGCGUGUGCGCGUGCGGCAGCGGCGGGUACGGCGAGGCGUGCGUGCCUGUGGGAGCUCCCGCACUGCCGCCCGCCGUGGGCACCGCGUCGAGUGUGUUCGUCCGCGAGAACUUGACGGUGCGGUCGGUGUUCGUUGUGCCUGCCGGCGCAAGCGAGGUGACGCUGCGCCACGUUGUGCUGGACGGCGUGAGUCCGGUGCUCUACGUGCCGUGGAUGGCGCGAGACGGUGUGCGGAUCGUUGUGCAGAACGUGUCGCUGCAGAACGGUGCCGUGCUGUACGUGAUGGGCGGAGGAGCGUUGCGCGGUGCGGUGGCGGCGGGGAGCAACGAGAGCGGGCCGGUGGAGCUCUCCGUGUGCGAUGUGGAGGCGCUGAACGGUGCGCUUGUGCUGACCGGCACGUUUCCCGCGGGGUCCGCGCUGACUGUGACGGACUCCCUGCUGGUUGCCGCGAGGUCGACGCCGCUUGUGUAUCUUUCCGGCUCGCAGUCCUCGCCGUACGCACCGGUGCUUGUGCUGUCGGGUCUGCGGCUCGUGCGGUCCGUGCUGGUUGUGUCUGGCG